AUGGCCACCCUGUGCUACAUGCUUGGAACAUCUCCAUUGCACCUUGCAGCCCAGUACGGACAUUACUCCACUGCAGAAGUGCUGCUCCGCGCAGGCGUUAGCAGGGAUGCUCGCACCAAAGUGGACAGGACCCCGCUGCACAUGGCUGCAGCAGAUGGACACGCGCACAUUGUGGAGCUGCUCGUCAGGAAUGGUGCAGAUGUGAAUGCCAAGGACAUGCUGAAGAUGACAGCUCUGCACUGGGCCACAGAACACCAUCAUCGGGAUGUUGUAGAGCUGCUUAUCAAGUAUGGAGCUGAUGUCCAUGCUUUCAGCAAGUUUGAUAAGUCAGCCUUUGACAUAGCUCUGGAAAAAAACAAUGCUGAGAUUCUGGUCAUCCUCCAGGAAGCGAUGCAGAGUCAGGUCACUCCUAACUCGGAAAGAGCCAGCCCUGGGAGCAACCCCGUGACUGUGGCUGCUCCAUUUAUCUUUACCUCCGGAGAGGUUGUUAACCUCGCUAGCCUUGUUUCUUCAGCCAACACCAAAACCACCUCAGCCAAUUCAGAGGAAAUCAUAGAGGGAAAUUCUGUUGACUCAUCGAUCCAGCAAGUGAUGGGAAGUGGAGGCCAGAGAGUCAUCACCAUAGUGACUGAUGGAGUCCCUCUGAGUAACAUCCAAACUGCCAUCCCUCCUGGAGGCCUUGGCCAGCCAUUUAUAGUAACUAUGCAAGAUGGACAACAAGUUCUAACUGUACCUGCUGGUCAGGUUGCAGAGGAGACUAUAAUUGAGGAGGAAGAGGAAGAAGCAGAGAAAUUGCCAGUGACAAAGAAACCAAGGAUGGAAGAGAUAACAAAUAGUGUGGAGGAAAGUAAGGAAGGCAGUGAAAGAGAGUUACUACAACAGCAACUCCAGGAGGCCAAUCGAAGAGCUCAGGAAUACCGCCACCAGCUCCUCAAGAAAGAGCAGGAAGCAGAACAGUACCGCCUUAGGCUAGAGGCUAUGGCCCAACAGCAGCCCAAUGGAGUUGAUUUUACCAUGGUCGAAGAGAUAGCUGAGAUAGAUGCUGUAGUAAUCACAGAAAGAGAGGAGGAAGAGACAGAAACAGAAGUGACUAGGUCAGGAGGUACCACAGAGCCUUAUGCUGGAGUCUCUAUGGAAACGGUUUCGUCUUAACAAGCAAGAUCCACAACUUGCAUCGUGUUCAUCUUAUUCUUCUUUUCAGAAGAAAGUACAGAUGGGCACAGUGGCGUGUG